AUGACUCUACCCCCUGAGGUCAGGGAAUUAUUGACUUUGGAUCAGUUCUUGGGGCAGAAGAACAGUAGGAUUGGUUCAGCAGGAAGAGCAGAAUACAGGACCAACCAGGGACACAGAGACUUUCAGCAUAUGGUGGGCAAAUUGACUCUACCUUAUUUUGAUGGUAGUGGUACAUGUUCAGCCCGUGCUUGGGUUCAAAAGUUGGACAACUACAUCUCUUUGAGACCCAUGCCUGAGGAGGAGGCAAUCAAAUUCGCCACAUUGCAUCUGGAUGGGAUAGCACACGAGUGGUGGUACCAUGGGCCGAUUACCUUGGGACACCGAUACAUCACCUCAUAUGAUGAGUUAACCAAUAGACUCAUCAAACAUUUUGAUCAUAAGGAUCCAGAGAUGUUUUUCAGAGAGUUAGCACAGCUCAAGCAGUAUGGUUCCUUGGAGGCUUACAUUUCAGAGUUUCAGAGGUUAUCCGUUAUGGUUCCAGAUAUCACUAAGAGGAGGUUGAUUGUAUUGUUCAUUGAGGGGCUUGCAGACCCAUUACGCAGUUGGGUUAGAGCCUUUGAUUCACCUUCAUUGCAGCAUGAUAUGAAGAAGGCCAGAAGCAUGGAGCAUGCUGAUUUGAAGCAUAAGUCUUCCUCCAAACCUUUUCAAAGUAAUAAUGACAAAAAACCCUUCCACAAAAAUUCAGAUCAGCAAAAGAAACCUUUCCAAAAACACAAUGAGGAGUCCUUAAAUGACCUUAGAAGAAGAAAUCUUUGCUUCAAAUGCAACGAACCAUGGGACCCCAAGCAUAAGUGUGCUUCUAAGGGAAAAGCAAACCAAUUGGAGUAUUUCUCAGGUGAUGAUGCCAGUUCUGAAAAUUCAGACCAGCAUACUGAAAAUGAGGACAGCGGUGGAGAAAAUGCAUCAGAAGGGUCCGAUAAGGGGUUGGAAGAGGACAAACCUAUGGCACGCUUGUCUAGCAUUCAGAGAGAGGCUUCUUUCAGGAUGAGGGGAGUCUUAGCAGGGCAGAGGGUGGUUACCUUACUUGAUACAGGAGCCACACAUAAUUUCAUCAACGAGGGCCUCAUUGCCAAACGUGGGAUUCAGACAAAGGAGUUUGAGGGUUUUAGAGUGAGAGUAGCUGAUGGCUUCAUUCUCACGUGCUCCAGGAGAGUUCUCAACCUCCCUUUGAGGUUGAAUGAUUAUGAGUUCAAGGCUGAUUACUAUGUUGUGGGAUUAAAAGAGAUGGAAGUCAUCCUGGGGAUGAAAUGGCUUCAUCAGAUUGAGGAGUUCUACCUCAAUGUCCGCACUAUGGAGAUGAGGUUUGAAAUAGAUGGGAGGAAGCAUGUUUUGCGGGGUAUGACGGGUGGGAGUGUACGUAUAGUUUCCUUGAGGAUGGAGAGACUGAUUUGUCAUGAGCAGGUUGAGUGGGCAGCAGAGUGUGUGUUGAUGCCUACUACAGUUGAGCAGCAGAAGCGUGAGUACCCCCCACAGAUUCAGCAGAUGUUGACUAAACACAGUAAGGUGUUUAGUGAUAUUCCACCAGGUAGACCACCUGAUAGAGGGAUUGAGCACAUUAUAGAGUUGGAGGGGUCUAAACCCAUUAUCAUCACCCCAUAUAGACACCACAAGCGACUCAAGGAUGAGAUUGAGAAGACCAUCAAGGAGUUGCUUGAUAUGGGGCAUAUUAGACCCAGCAAGAGCCCCUUCGCAUCAGCAGUUGUCUUGGUGAAGAAUGUUGUUGUGUAG